GGGAGAGGCGGAGCCGUGCGCCAUGGCCGCCAGCCGUUUGCCGCCCAGCACCCUCACCCUGCGGCAGUUCCUGAGGCGGCAGCAGGUGCUGCAGCUGUACAGGAGGAUCCUGCGGGCCCUAAGGGACGUCCCUGCUGAGGCAGACCGCCGCCAUCUGCAGCAGUGGGCCCGGGAGGAGUUUCGGAGGAAUAAAGAUGCUACAGAAGAGGAUGCAAUCCGGAUGAUGAUUACUCAAGGCCACAUGCAGCUGCGGGAACUUCAGAAAGCACUGAAGUUGGCCAAGUCCUGAGUGCGGUUUUGCUGACAGCUGGACUUUCAUCUGCUGCAAAUAAGCACAGUAUUAUUUUUGUCUGGAAUGUGGUUAUAAUAGCAGCCUCUGGUGAUGUCCUGGGAAUGCUUGAAGGUAGAUCUACCACAGUGGGUUUGGAUUGUUUUUGUUCUUUCCCCUUCUUCUUGGCUUGGUUACUCUCCCAUGUGGAAAUCACUGGGACACAGAAGGCCUUAAAGAACUGAAUGGAUGAUGUAGCACAUCCUUUAGGAAAAGCAGAAAGCCCCCAAAAUUACAACAGCAGUGUUUUGCCGGAGAGAUGGAAGACAAAUAGAAGCUAACUUAUUUUGUCUGUCUCCCGCUGCGGUACCUCUGCACGGUAACAUCUGUGGUGGUAGCAGCCUUUUCUCUACAGAACUGGGGGUUUCUUUUUCCUAAAUGAAGAGAGCAGAAGUACAUGGGAUAAAUAAAUGUGUCUAAACCAAA